AUGGUCUACUGGAUAUACACGGCGAUACUCAGACCUAGGCUGCUUUACGCGUCUGUCGUAUGGUGGCCAAGGGUGCUGGGAAAAACCGCUAAGUUAACGUUGGAGCACGUCAGAGCUCUAGUUUUAAGAGGGGCUCUGGGGGCCAUGCGGACCACGCCAGUGGCGGCGAUGGGGAUGCUGCUUGGCGUCGAGCCUCUCGAUCGGGUGGUAGUGGCGGCUGCGGCGGCGGCGGCCUAUCGCCUAAGGUGUGAAUCAAAGUGGAAGGCAGGAGCCCUCUACACGAGAUUCCCUGAAGGAAUCUUAUUGGGCACCAUUUUUGCAAUGGGACAGGAUAGGAGGCCAGUGAUUCGUACCUUCGAAAGAGGGUACAGAAUAAGCUUCCCCGGGCGCUGGGAGUGGAACGGCUCUAAAGGACCGGUUCCUCGGGACGGGGACGUCUGGUUCACGGACGGCUCCAGAACGAGUGCGGGCUCUGGAGCUGGUCUUUACUGCCAGCGCGACCGGGCAGGAAUCGUCGUUCCGCUUGGCGAGCACGCUACGGUUUUCCAGGCGGAGGUGUUAGCCAUCAUGAGAUGUGCCCAGAACCUAUUAGAGUCUGAUAGGAUGGGAAGGCGCAUCCGGAUCUGCUCGGACAGUCAGGCGGCGCUUAAGGCGCUUGAGGGUCCGAGAAUUAACUCGCGACUGGUCUGGGACUGCAAGUGCAUACUGGACGAGUUGGCAGAGAAAAAUGAUGUUGGCCUAGUAUGGGUCCCUGGGCACGCAGGGAUCAAGGACAACGAAAUGGCGGACCUGCUUGCUAAGGAAGCGGCCGAAACAAGGCUGUUGGGACCUGAGCCGGCUGUUGGGAUCUCCUUCUACCUAGGCAGGGGGAGAAUCAGAAGCUGGCUCCGGGACCAGCAUCUUGAAUACUGGAAGAAAGAGACAGAGAGCAAAUGCAGACAGGCUAGGGUCAUGCUGGGGGAAUGCCUUAGCAGGGACCUGGCCAGGAGCAUAAGAUCUCUGGGUAGGGGGGACGCCAGGCUCGCGAGACAGCUGCUCACGGGCCAUGGUGACCUUAACUACCACCUGCACAAAUUGGGUCAUAGUGAUACGCCCAGCUGUAGGUUGUGCGGUGAAGAAGAGGAAACUAGCCUCCACAUUCUUGGGAACUGCCCAGCAUUGGUCGGACCAAGAACACGCCUGCUGGGCUCAGGUUUUCCGGAACCGAACCAGGUGAGGCAGCUGCCUGUGUGGGAUUUGCUCCGCUUUUGGAAGGAAGCGGGGCCCCGCUAG